UGUGUCCUGUGUGCAAGUGUGACAUCAGCCCUUAGCGAUGUUAGCUGGUGGUAUCACAACACACUGGAUUCUAGGGCCUAAGCAUAGGACCCACACGAGGGUGAUGGAUGGAUUUUUCAUGCCAGCUGUUUUGAUUGAGGACGUGUCCCAUGGUCCCAGAAAAGGCAGCCUGGAGACAGUCCUCCCUUUGGAUCAGUGCAGCCUGCCUGGAACCUUGAAAGCUGGGGAUGCUGCCUCCAGCUGUGCCAGCUCAUUGCUCCCAGCGCUGCCCCCACUCCAGGACAGCUCUUCCUGCGACAGUUCCAGCUCGCUGCUGGACUGCAGCUCCGCAGCCUCAAUGGGCAGCGAGCUCCCUGCCCGCACUAUCUACAGACCCUGGUGCUCACCGUACAGCUACAUCAUCAACACCAAAGCUGCCUCUCAGAAGCACCUCUCCUCCAGUCCACUCAGUAGCACCUGGAAGCCUGAGGAUCCCAAAAUCCUCUUGGAUGCCCUGUCCUCUUUCUCCUGCUCUUCAGAAGAGCUCCAGACCCUGGAGACUGUCAGCAGCAGGAUCAGUAUCACCUCUGAGGACAUCCUUGCAGCUUCCCAGGAGCAGCACAUGCCAAAGCAGGGCUACAAGUGCAUGUCAUGCUGCCGCGUCUUCCCCACACUGUGCUCAGUCAAGAGCCACAUCCAGCACAGCUCCCAGGAGGGCUACAGCUGCAAAGUGUAUUACCACAAGCUCAAGACCCUGUUGGAAAAGGUACAGGAGACCAAGAGCCCUGAGGUGUCUGAGUAGCCUCAGCAGCUGGGCCACUGCCGCAGGAGGGCACUGCUCCAUCGCUCCACUGCUGCACAAUAAACAGCACACAGAGCGCAGACUGCCUGCUGCUCUCCUGGGAGGCACAGCUCUGCUGCAGCCCCUUGGUGAAACAAUGCU